CAGACAUACAGUCCACACUGUCAAACAAAGUGUGACUUGAUUUUUAUUCUACAAAACUAGUUUUUUUUUUUUUAUAUAUCUUUGCAUCUAAACAAUAAUAAAACAUGGUCAAGUUGUGUGUACUUUGUGCCAAGAAACGAGCAGUAUUGAAAAGACCCAAGACGGGUCAACAAAUUUGUCAAGAAUGUUUCUUCUAUGUCUUUGAAACCGAGAUUCAUCAUACGAUUCAAGAUACCAGCCUUUUUCAACGAGGAGAACGAGUAGCUAUCGGUGCCAGUGGUGGCAAAGAUUCAACUGUACUCGCACACAUUAUGAAGACCUUGAAUGAUCGUUACGAUUACGGUCUUGAUCUUUAUUUACUGUCAGUGGAUGAAGGCAUUACAGGAUACCGUGAUGAUUCUUUAGAGACGGUUAAGCGUAACCAACAACAAUACGACCUCCCCUUAAAGAUUGUAUCGUAUCAUGAUUUGUAUGGCUGGAGCAUGGAUGAAAUUGUUGCUGAAGUCGGUAGAAAAAAUAAUUGUACCUAUUGUGGUGUGUUUAGACGUCAGGCCUUGGAUCGUGGAGCUGUCAUGUUGGGUGUAAACCAUAUCGUAACUGGUCACAAUGCAGAUGAUAUUGCCGAAACAAUUUUGAUGAACAUUUUCCGUGGUGAUAUUGCGAGAUUAGGUAGAUGUACAGAGAUCGUGACUCAAGGUGAAAGUAACAUUCGACGAUCCAAGCCAUUCAAGUACACCUAUGAAAAGGAGAUUGUCAUGUACGCCUAUUUCAAAAAGCUUGAUUAUUUCUCAACUGAGUGUAUUUAUUCACCUAAUGCCUAUCGAGGUCAUGCACGUACAUUUUUAAAGGAUUUAGAAGCGAUUAGACCUAGUGCGAUUGUCGAUAUCAUUCAUUCGGGAGAGGCUUUUGAGAUUAAGACAGGAACCAAGAUGCCAACACAAAAGACCUGUGAGCGUUGUGGAUACAUGUCGUCGAAUCUUUUAUGUAAAGCAUGUUGUUUAUUGGAAGGCCUUCAACGUGGCUUACCGCAAAUGGGUAUCGGAAAGGCUUCUAAAGCUCAACGUGAGGAAAUUGCCAAGGCACCACCCGUUGCAGAAAAUGUGCGAAAGGUACAACACUUUUCUGAAAUUCAAAGAGACGAGGAUCAACCUCAGCUGGUGCAACCUAAGGAUCCCAAGGAUGUUUAUACUCCCCCGCCUCGUGUGCCUGGAGGUAUUUUACACGAUGCUAAUUUGGAUAAAAGAGAUGUCACUUGGUAGUUUAGAUGGAUAUACAAUAAAAUGCUUUUUUUUUGGGUCAGCAUUAGCUCAUCGAUGAAUACACUGGCCAUAUUUUUUUCUUUUGAAAAAUGUACCAAGUGUUAGAG